UUUGCUUGUUGCUUUAAGGCGAGCGCCGAGCUGCCAUCACUAAACGUUUACCCCAGAUUGCUGCUGCUCUCUCUCUCCGGCCAGCGAGACGGACGGACUCGCUGCAUAUGGCCAGUCCUGGGAUGCGCUGGACCUGACUAGUGAGAUAGCCUGUCUGGGACAAGGAAGACACGCUCGCACGAUGUCCUCGAAAUCUCCUACCGACGGUCAGACGCCCACCGCGACGACGACGGCAACGACGGACGAUGGGAAGCGCAAGGCAGAGCCUGCCACGGGCACGCAGACGCGGGCGAAGAGGAACAGAUACAUCUCACUAGCAUGCAACGAGUGCAAGAGGCGCAAGAUCAAGUGCAACGGCCAGGUGCCCUGCCAGCGCUGCGGACAUCUAUCUCUCGAGUGUCUCUAUUCACCGAACUGCUGUCAAAGCAAUUUCAAGGAUUCCGAGGAGUUCCGGUCCAUGAAAGAUCGUAUCGAGCGGCUUCAGGAGCAGGUCAACACCCUGUUUGAGAGCAUUAAUGGCCUCCAUCGACAGACCGAGUCGCCCGCGGUGGACAACGCCUCCCAGCUAAGCCGUGAGGCGUCGAGGUCGACAUCCUGGCACCAGCCCACGUUCGAGACGCAGAAUAUCCUGAUACCAAAGCCGAGGACGAAACAUCUCCGGUUCCAUGGGCCUACUAGCACCGCGUUCAAUUUCGCCGUGGCCAAAUCCAGUCUCCAGACCAUGGGCAUCACCCAUAUAGAUGACGGCUCACAGGAGAUAUACAAUGCACAAGACGCCACGCCCACACAGACACCACCAUACCAUUCGUCUGCGCUAUAUGCGAACUCGCUAACGUCAAACAAGGACCCGUUGUUCGCAAUCAAGCGGGAGGAGGCCAUUCGGUUGUGUAGAGUCUACGAGGAAGAAAUAGGGCAGAUGUACCCCAUGUUCGAUGUGGAAAAGAUGAUCACGCAGACAAACCUCCUUUUCGCCUUCCUAGAAGCCGCUGACCGGAAUGUCUGUACGGGACGGUCCAGGACCAGUGCUGAUUGUCUGAAUGAUGACGAUACUGCGAUCCUGAAGAUAGUACUGGCCAUCACGCUUCUCCUUGAAGGGAACGGACAGAGCGAGCUAGGCACUCGGCUGUACAUCAGUAUCAAAGACAAGAUAGAGACCAACCUUUGGGAGCAGGGAGACUUGAAGAUGAUUAAGCUCCUAGCCCUUGUCGCUACCUAUCACUUUCACACGGACGAUGAAGUCCUGGCGUAUCGGAUGGUUGGACUUGCUGCUCGAAUGUGCAUUGAAAUGGGACUACAUCGACGGGAUGCCGUCUUGAAAAUGUUCCACUCCCCUGAGGAUAUCACCACCGUUUAUCGAAUUUUUUGGUCUGUAUACACCUUGGACAAACGAUGGGCCUUUGGAACCGGCCUUCCCUUUGUCAUACAGGAUGAAGAUAUCGAUCCAUGCUUACCCGAGCCAGACGAGGGUGUCCCUUACUUAAGGGCCAUGGUUCAUUACUGCCGCAUCGCUUCCAAAGUAUGGUACUCCGGCUUUGGGUCAAAGGCCGACCUGACCAUCAAAAAGGACAGGAUGGGCUACCUUGACUAUCAGAUCGUCGAGUGGAUGAAACACAUCCCAGAUCCCCUCAACUUUUAUUCGGUUGAUAACUCCCGCAAUUCGGAAGGCGUCAACCGUAGUGUACAACGGCUACGCUACGUUUUAUAUAUCCGAGGAAAUCAUAUGAGGAUACUUAUAUACCGACCGGUGUUGCACUCUGCGACUAGCAUCAUUGAGAAUAUGGCAUAUGCUCAGACAGUGGUGGAAAUUGCAAAAGAUACCAUUCGUGUCUUGAGUGAACUCAACCGGACAACCGACAUCUACCGUUCACAGCAGAUCUUCUUCAAUUAUUUCCUUGUUGGAGCUCUUGUCGUUCUCUUCCUUGCCAUAUCUCACGCCCCAGUCAAGUUCAACCGCCAGCUAACCGAAGAAUUUCACAUGGCUCUCAACCUUGUCAAGGGAUUCAGCACCAAGUCUUAUAUAUCCAAGCGGCUAUGGAAAAUGAUCAAGGGGCUGCGUGAAGUCGGGGAAAGGCUCGGCCUGCUACCCCAUACUUUACCUACAGAGUCGGCAGACCCCCAUUCCACAGCGGCUGUAGCCAUGGCUGGGCUUGCAGGGCAUUCGGUUGAUGGGAUCUCACCCUACGGAACACACCAACACACGAAUGGAGAACUAGGGAGCAGCCCGAUGAACGGCGUGCAAAUGAGCAAUGAGCUUACUUAUCUGUUUGAAGCGAUUGAAAAUUAUAAUGGGUACAUCACAACUACUUCGGCGUCUGAUGGGAUGAACGGAGGAGGCUUUACUGGCGCUGAUCAUACCUUACCCAGCGCCGGAGAGACGAUACCCGUGCUGGGAAACGAAGGGGAGUUUUCAAGGAUUAUACAGGACCUCUUCUGAUGACCUGACAGGUGGAAGGUACUUUUCUUGUGUUGAUUAUGUUUAGGUGUACACAUCUCACUGCCACACAGAGCCAGAUGGCAAUUUAUCUUUAAAAAGAG